UGCAAAGUUUUGAGCCAUCUUCUUCCCUAUAAAUUGCAACCCACACGAAAUAAGCAACAACACGUCCCCAUUGACCAAUUAUAGUUUCUAAAUUAGCAAAUUUGAAAAAAGGAGGAUGAAAAGAAGUAGUGCAUUGUUGCUCAUGAUCAGGAUCCUGGUGGUGUUACAAUGUCUAACAGUGUUUAGUAUUGCCCAAGACGGUGACUUCGAUUUCUUCUACUUUGUUCAACAGUGGCCAGCAUCGUACUGCGACACAAAACAAAGUUGCUGCUAUCCAACGACUGGGAAACCUGCGGAAGACUUCAGCGUUCAUGGGCUCUGGCCGAACCGGAACGACGGCUCCUGGCCAUCUAAUUGCGACAAUGAUGCUUCUUUUGAUGAAUCCGAGGUGUCGGACCUAAUUGAGAGGAUGCAAAAAGAUUGGCCGUCACUGUCGUGCCCAAGCAGCGAUGGAGUCAGUUUUUGGACUCACGAGUGGGAAAAGCACGGGACUUGUUCACUCCUGAACGAGCACCAAUACUUCCAAACCGCCCUGGACCUCAAGCAAAAGUCUAACCUUCUCCGACUUCUCAACGAUGCAGGAAUUACACCGGGGGAUUUUUACAGCUUGCAGAGCAUAAAGGAUGCCAUUAAAGAAGGUUUAGGUUACACUCCCUUCAUACAGUGCAACGUUGACGAAUCCCGCAAUCAUCAGCUCUACCAAGUUUACCUCUGCGUUGACUCUUCCGCCUCCGACUUCAUCGAAUGUCCGGUUUUCCCACAUGGCAAAUGCGGCAACAAUGUAGAGUUCCCUUCAUUUUCCUCCGUAUCACACGACGAAAUCUGAGUUCUCUCUUGACAAAUUUGGUUUUGAGAUGUAUUUCUUCUCUUCACGUUACAAUGUUUCGUGUAUGAUUUGAAUUAAUUCUCAAUUUAAAAAGAAACGAUAUCACUUAUUAAUAAUGAUGCAUUACUCUUGGAAAUGGAUGCUUCC